AUGUGUCCCGGGCCGCCGCUCGUACGCCCGCGCCGCCGCGGCCCGCCGAAGUCCGGGGCCGGCCCCGGCGGCGCACGCCGCCCCGUCGCCGCGCCCGAGGCUCCCCGCCGCCCGCGCGCCUCCUCCAUCCGCCGCCGGUCGCCCGCUCCUCGCCGCCGCCGCCGGCCAUCAUCGCCGCCCCGCGCCGCACCGCCGGGCUCCGCCGCCGGCGCGCCCGACGCCGCCUCUCUCCGGCCGCCGUCCCCCCUCGCCGUCCUCCUCCCGCAGCUCCGGCGAGCUCGUCCCCGAGCCCCGAGGCCGAUCCAGAUCCAGUCAACGAUGGGAGGUUGA